AGGUUUCAGCAGACGUCGUCUUCUUCGGCGGCCUAUUAAACUGUUCGGAUGUACGGCGCCACUCCAUUGCCUAAUAAUUAUACUUUCUUCCAGUUAAUUUAAUUUAAUUUGAUUGAACACCCAAAAAUUUUAAAUCUCUGCCAAGGCGACUUUGACCGACCCCAACAAAGGAAACCUCGAUUCAACGACACCGUUUUUACCUACGCACUUAUCAAACGACGACGUUUACGCCUACCCGUGUCUGGUGAUCGCCGCCUACUGACCUCACUUUCUUCAAACUCCGUUGAUUCGUUCAUCUACUUUCAAUAAUUUUAUCAGUGUUCUGUUGUUGAAAAAAAGCAGGCUUUGAUUUUGGUGGAGCCUCUCUCUCUCUCUCUCUCUCUCUCUCUAUGUGGUGUGAGAUUGGGAUGCAGAGCAAGAAGGCUCAUCUGGGUGAAUAGAUUUAAUGGAUUUAGUUAGAGUUUGGGGGGCUAUCUUGGUGUCUGCGGUGGUGCUUCUGCUAUUUGCUCCUGCUACUGUGACAGCAGGGGACAUUGUCCAUGAUGACGAUUUGGCUCCCAAGAAGCCUGGUUGCGAGAACGACUUCGUUUUGGUAAAAGUUCAAACAUGGGUUGAUGGUGUAGAAGAUAGAGAAUUUGUUGGUGUUGGGGCUAGAUUUGGGACUACAAUUGUGUCUAAGGAGAAAAAUGCAAACCGGACACACCUUACUCUUUCAAACCCUCGGGAUUGUUGCAGUCCGCCAAAAAACAAGCUUGCUGGGAAUGUUGUCAUGGUUCACCGAGGCAACUGCAAAUUCACAACUAAGACAAAUGUUGCAGAAGCAGCUGGUGCUGCAGCGGUGCUUAUUAUAAAUAACCAGAAAGAACUUUACAAAAUGGUUUGCGAGCCUGAUGAAACUGAUCUAGAUAUAAAGAUACCUGCUGUUAUGCUCCCACGAGAUGCUGGUUUAAGCUUGGAGAAAAUGUUAAUGAAUAGCUCAUCGGUUUCUGUGCAGCUAUACUCUCCACAACGACCUCUAGUUGAUAUAGCCGAAGUAUUUUUAUGGCUGAUGGCAGUAUGUACCAUCUUGUGUGCAUCUUACUGGUCCGCUUGGAGUGCCCGGGAAGCAGCUAUUGAACAGGACAAGCUAUUAAAGGAUGCUUCAGAUGAAUUUCCACAUGCCAACAGUGUCGGUGAUAGUGGAGUGGUGGACAUCAACACAAUAUCAGCAGUCUUGUUUGUGCUUAUUGCCUCAUGCUUCUUGGUUAUACUCUACAAACUUAUGUCACUCUGGUUCGUUGAGCUUUUGGUUGUUCUUUUCUGCGUAGGCGGUGUAGAGGGAUUGCAAACUUGCUUGGUUGCUUUAUUAUCCAGGUGGUUUAAGCGUGCUGGAGAAUCAUUCAUAAAAGUACCUAUCUUUGGAGCUGUGUCGUACCUUACUCUGGCAGUUUCUCCAUUCUGCAUUGCAUUUGCUGUUGUUUGGGCAGUUAAUCGAACUGUCAACUUUGCCUGGAUAGGUCAGGAUAUACUUGGAAUUGCGCUGAUCAUUACUGUUCUUCAAAUUGUGCGCAUACCUAAUCUCAAGGUGGGUACAGUUCUUCUAAGUUGUGCUUUCAUGUACGACAUCUUUUGGGUGUUCGUUUCUAAGAAGUUGUUCCACGAAAGUGUAAUGAUUGUGGUGGCUCGUGGAGAUAAAAGUGGAGAAGAUGGUAUUCCAAUGCUACUGAAGAUCCCCCGCAUGUUUGAUCCUUGGGGUGGCUACAGCAUUAUCGGAUUUGGUGACAUCCUCUUACCUGGACUGGUAGUAGCAUUUUCACUCAGGUAUGAUUGGCUGGCAAAGAAGAAUCUCCGAGCUGGAUACUUCUUAUGGGCAAUGUUUGCUUAUGGAUUAGGGCUUCUCGUUACGUACGUGGCGUUAAACUUGAUGGAUGGGCAUGGGCAACCAGCACUGCUGUACAUAGUCCCAUUCACACUAGGGACUUUUAUAACACUGGGGAGGAAGAGAGGUGAUCUGAAGAUUCUGUGGACGAGAGGAGAACCAGAAAGGGUCUGUCCACACAUUCACCUCCACCAAUCUUCUGAGGAAUUGAACCAGGAAAAAUAAGACUUGCCACUUUCCUCUUUUUUUUUUUUUUUUUUUUUUUUCUUUUUAAAUUUUGUGUGUGCAUGUUUGUGUAAUUAUAUUAUAGUUUAUUGUUGUAUGCUAGCUAGGGUCACCAAGGUUAUGGGGAAAGAAUCUCCCUCCAUGUCAAAAGGCCUCGUUACAAUAUCAAAGUGUUGUAGGAGCUUUGUGCACUUUAAAUUGAAACUCACUCUCUGUUUAUGAUUAGUUGAGAAAAAUGUGCAUUUAGGAGUUGUGUUUCAAAA